UCCAAACAACCUUGAACGAGUCUCUAUGCUACCUUAAGUCGUACCGCCUUGCUAUCACGUCACAGCGUGUCUCAAGAUUUGCGAGCGAGAGUUAAAAACAUCACCGCAAAACUUUCUCCACCCCGCAUAGUCCGCAACCCCUAUUACCGCCACCAUGAGCAACACAGCUUCAGGUCAGGUGAACAACUCUUCCUCGCCGGGCCGAAAGACGCCAACCAUCGAUGGCGAUAUACUGGUCUAUCUUCAGGAACAGCAAUAUCCAGACCCUCUACUGGCCGGAACCAACGAACUCGAUUAUUCGCUUUUCUCGGACCCGAAUAACAUGAGCCAAGGAGGCCUACCCUUCCUCUUCGAUUCAGCAGCCCUAGAUAGCACACAGAUCGAUAGAUCGAUCUGGCCAGGCUACGGAGCAGACCCCACAGACAACAUGUGGCAUCCCAUGGCCGAUGACUCCCAGACUGUCGGCACAUAUGACGGAUACGGAUACUACGAUUCGGCCCCGGCGAUGUCGCCGUCACAGGUGUUUCUGUACCUGCCGUGGAACCCGCAGCAGGAUCAGCCCCUGCCGUCUCCGGUAUCUGAGGCCCCGGCCUAUACACUAUCCGGGAGUCCCUUGAUGGGGACCGAUGCUCCAGCCUACAUCUCCCCGAACCCAGUGGCGCCAACCCCGGCGCAGUUGACUUCAGCCCAGCAGCCCACUCCGCCCGAGACAACGCCGGGAUCAACAACAACAACCGCGGGAACGCCGCUGCAAACAAUCAAAGGCAAAGGCAAGCAGAAAGCGCAUGCCAAAAAAAUAUCCAUGCCAUCGCUAAAGCGAUCGGCGGCCGAAUCUAUCCUCCGGCCUCCCUCAGCGGCGGGAGCAAGACCACAAGUCCUGAAACGCUACAGAUCUGACUCGAACUCCCUCACGCUCUCCUCUCUUAACACCACAACCACCCUAACCAAUAACAACAACAACUACUACUACAGCUCGUCCACAACUCCAACGCCAAAGACGCCGACGACACCCACUACUCUGAUGAUGACGAUGACGACCGAAAAUAAAGCCCUGGGCGGCGUCCUGCCGGCGAACGUUGACCCCCGCGUGGCAUCCCAGGAGAUCUGCCGCGCGGCCCGCGAGCGGUCCAUGGCCGAGAGCCACGAGAUGUCGGAGCGCCGGCGGAUGCUGCUGGACCACGAGCACGGCGCGCUCGAGCGCGAGAUGCAGCGGCUGCAGGUGAACCUCGGCCGGAUGCGCGAGUUGGACAAGAAGCGCGAGGAGAAAGGGAAUGAGGAGGAGGAGGACGAUUAUGGAGAUGAUGGUGCGGAAUUGGAUGGUGAGGGUGAAGUGGAUGAGGAGGAGAUCACGUAGUAAUCAAAGGAUAACGUCACUCCCUGGUGGAGUUGAGACAGAGGUUCAGGAGUUGGAGGGAAGACGCAAGUUGACCUUCUUAUUCCGCGUCUCGUUUAUUAAUCGUUGAUUACCCAGGCAAACACGCGGCUAUAUGAUAUGUCUUUUAGCUU